AUGGAUUGUGAAUGGAAAGGUUGUACGGAAGAGGAUGUAGAGAACAUAACAAGACACGUGAAUAACCACAUAGAGCAAAUGAAAGAUGAUUUUAUGUGUCUAUGGGAGAGUUGUUCCAGGUAUGGUGAAAAGCAGGUCUCAAAGUACUCUUUACAAGCAUAUGUAAGAAAACACACGGGCUAUAGGCCCUAUAAGUGUGUGAGAUGUGAGAAAGCUUACACCAGAUCUGAUGCACUGAACAAACACAUGAAGAAACAUGAUGUGGUUGAUAAAGAAGUGGAUGCUAUGUUGAGUAGAUUUGUCUCUUUUAUGUAUCUCAAGAAGAUCUAUGAAGUGAAGCUAAGAGCGAAGUACAUGGAAAGAGAAAGGGUUGUUGAAGCAAUAAAAAGGGCUAGUAAGAGAAUUCUUGAUAUUGUCUUGAAGGAUGUGGGUAAGAAGAUCAAUGAAGAUGUAGAGAACGGGAAGUGCUUUUGGGAGAAGUAUUUACAUUUUAACAAGAAGUAG